CACACACACACAGACACACAAACAAAUACUCUCUCACACACACACACACACACACACACACAAGCACACACACACACACACACGCAUCCUCAUACAUCCCAGGACUUUAUCUGUGGACCGGGAAAGAAGAAGGAGGACGACCUGGGAGGAACUUUUAAAGGUGGAUUCAUAAAACUACAACACUUUAUGAAAGGACCGGACAAACAACAUCGAAAACAAGAAUGAAGAUGACGACUGGAGAAACAAGCUUGUUGCUGUAGGGAGGCCUGCUGUCAGCCCAGAGUGGAGACUGGUUAUUGGUGACAUCCAGAGGAUCUGCUGUGAGUGCCAUUUCCCUCCCUUCUCUCUUUAGGACUCCCACCCUCUUGUCAUCCCUCCGCUUGGACAUCUCCUGAUCAUCAGCAUGCCUACAGCUUGCACAAGGUGCACCUUGGGAGUCUGACCCACCAUGUGCAGAUGGACGCCGUCCGUAGCUCAUCUCUGUCCUGAACCUGCCUUUGGCACCACCACUACUGCAGCCUCCGCUGGCCGACCUCUUACUCUGCCUAGUGCAGCCUCCCUUUGCCUGGCAUGCUUCACCCUGCUCCUGGUCACCGCUGGCACUGCCACAGGGGCCUGUCCUCCUGGGGUAGGGCAUGAAGCCCUUCAGGUGCUUGCCAGUGGCAUCAACUGUUCAUGGACAUUGGAAAGGCACACUCGCAGUUACAAUCACCUAGAGGGCGAUGUCCGACUACGCCGACUUUACUCUGCCAACAAGUUCUUCCUGUGCAUUGACAAAACAGGGAAGGUGGAUGGCACUCGGCGGAAAAACUACGCAGACAGCCUGAUGGAAAUCCGAUCUGUCAGUGUGGGAGUUGUUGCCAUCAAAUCUGUCAGCACCGGGCUGUACUUAGCCAUGUCCAAGAAAGGCACGCUCUUUGGAUCGGUGAAAUACAACCCGAGCUGCAAGUUCAAGGAGCGCAUUGAGGAGAACGGCUACAACACGUACGCCUCCCUCCGUUGGAAGCAUGGCGGCAGGCAGAUGUUUGUUUCACUGAAUGGGCGGGGGAAGCCACGGCGAGGUCACAAGGCUCGGCGAAGACACCCAUCUACUCAUUUCCUGCCUAUGCUCCCAUCCUAGCUGCCUGAGUCUGAACUCUGAUCGGCAACUGGCUGGCUCGCCCGUCUCCUCACACUAGUGUUGAUCUAGCUGUGACGGUGUUUUUAUAUUCCAUCCUCCUGUCACAUAAAUGUACAUUUGUUGAGGUCUGUAACAUUUGUAGAGUUAGUAUAAUAUGUACUCUUAAGUUAUUUUCUCCAUUUUCUAAUGGUGUUCAGUAAUACAGUCCAAUACAGUAGAAUUAUACUAUCCUCGGGCAUCUGUCUGGCUACAGUAUACAUCUGUGUGUCUGAAGUGCAUGUAAAGUGGUGUUUGGGUGACUUUAAGAGACUUUAAGAGGACUGAAAAGGGACAGCAAGGCUGGGAAACAAAAUGUGGCUCACUGGUUUGUUUUUUUUUUACCAUAUUUCAGAUGUUCAGCUGAAUAAGAUGGGAAGCAGCUGGUAUGGUAUCAAUCUGAAAUGACAAGUAUCAUUAAAACAAAAAGGCAACUUUAACAAAGCCACAAAUCAGGGCCAUAGCUACCAGUGAGGACACUGAGGUCAUAUCCUUGGUAUUUUGGGGGGCUAAAGCAAUGAAGGGGUGUUUGUGCCUAUAGUGGGUAGUUCAUGAGCCGAUUCCAGUAUUUUUAGACUUAAUAUUGUAUAUCUGGCCUCGCAAAAAAGCACAUGUGAAUUUAUCAUACCAUGUUAAACACAUUUGUCAUCCGGAGCACAUGUAAAGCACAGUUUAAAAAAUUCCCAUAUUGAUUGAUCUUCAGGUAUGUGAAACAUUUAACAUUACAUGUGCAAUUCACAUACUAGCACGUGGUUUAUCACAUGUACAAAAGCAUUUCACUGAAUUCACAUGUAGGCAUAAUGUGAUUUUUGGACAUUUUACAUGUGAAAUGUGAAUUUCACAUUUGAUAUUUUUGUAUGGCAAAAUUAGCUUGGACUCAUGACCUCAGUAUUUCUAAAAACCUGGCUAUGGCCCUGCUAUAAAUCAAACAUGGUCUCUAUUGUUUGGGAUAUACUGACGCUACUGGAUAAAAUGGGAUGAAAAUCUCCUCUGACUCAAUCGGUACGUUUACAUGCAUAAAAUAUUCCUGUCUUUGUCCUUAUUCCAAAAAAGACAAUUUUCCUAUAAGCUGUUUACAUGGCUCAUGAAAAUAAAUAUUCCACUAAUAUUCCUGUUUACACACAGCUGUGCAUAUUUCAUUGCAUUAUUCCGGCAUUUCCAAAAACCUGUUGAUACCCAGGUCCUACAAAAUGUUUAAAAUUAAGUGCGUUUCUUCAUCCAUCCAGAAAUGUGGGCUUUUAUUUUGGGCUUGCAUCUCUACCCCGGCCUGGCAAUUUGUUGUCUAGUUGGUUUGUGUACAAUGCACACAGCUGACUACAAACAGACAAGAGGCAGUGUGUCGCAAACUGCUAUAAAAACCCCAACGCAUAUUCAAAAUGUACUGUAUACAUGUCCAAACAGUGCUCAAACCUGAACAAAAUCGGAAUAUCUCACAAGUGCGAAUUCAGUAUAAGGCCUAAUUUGGAAUAUCCAAACAGAAUAUCCUGUUUACAUGACCUGUAUCUAAUUCCAAAAGUUGUCCCAUUCAGAAUAAUACUAGUUUGCAUGUAAACGUACUGAUUGAUACAUUGAUAAAUUUACUGUUCUGUUUGUAUAUGUCUUUAUAUACAUGUAUGACAAGAACACAACAGAAACUAAGCUAACUACUGGGAUAACAUGCUGGAUUUCCUGAGAUGACUUUUGUAUAUUUGUGUGUGCUUCUCUCAGACUGACUCUCCCAUCCAACAACCCACAGCUAAUAGGUUAGAAAUCUGUAUCUCUGAUUCUUGAGCCUUAGCUCAGUCGUGAAAUAAUUAAUAUAAGUUUUGAGUCAUUUAAUGCAUUAUAAUGGCUGUAGAUAUACCAGACAUCACAUAGCAGCAGCUUCAUUAAUUUUGUACACAGUAGUAAAUGGUUAUUACGUACGUGCCUCUCUGUCAAUUCUUGCUAACAUUUUCUCGACAACAAAGCUGUUGCUAAUAGAACAUUUAAUAUAUUUAAAACAUUUUGUACUCUUUAACUGUUUGAGGUUGGUGUUUAAUGUUAUUGUUGACUUUUGUGUUGGAUUGUAGUCCUACUGUUAAAAAAAUAAGGGAAAAAGUAAUUGUAUUCAAGUCCAUAUUCAACUCAUUUUGUAUGGUAUUACUACUGGAUAUUGGUACAUUUGUGAUCCAUUUAUCAUAAACUGUUUUCCGGUUAUAGGCCAGUAAUAGUAGGUUGUAUAUAAGGCCAGUUUCUCUGAACAAAAACAGUCUUUAGAUUCAUUUUGGAAAAGUAAAAUCAUUUGAGUGCCUUGGUCCAUGCUGAGUUUGGUAAACUUCAAUAAAAAAUGUGGAUAAA